GCUGCUGGGGGAUGUCUGAGUAGCCCCGAUGGAGCUCCACCAUCUUGCUAGGAAGAACAGCCAGGCAGCCUUGUGCGAUGCUGUGGGCUGGAGUUCAGGAGGAUCUCCCGCUGGCCAGGCAGAUGCAGCAGCCUCCAAAGCUGCUCUCUGCUGCCAGAGACGCUGUACAUCGACACCAAGAGCAGCCGAGAUGGAAGGCUCUAAACUUCACCCUUCUCCAUCAUCUGCUUCCUCUCUGCAAGACAGUGUUAUUCAGCCAGACUCCUGCCCACCAGGACCUCUCACCUCAGGGAAUGCACAGGUAGCAGAACGGAAAGUCUGCAAUUGUUGCAGCCAGGAACUGGAAACUUCUUUCACCUACGUGGAUGAGAAUGUUAACUUGGAACAGAGCUCCCCUUCAGCAAAAGGGAAUAAUCACCUGGGAGACCUUGAUUGGGGAAAUUCCAAUGAGUGGUCCCACGAGGCUGCCAUUUCCUUGAUAUCUGAUGAUGAAGAUGACACAAGUUCGGAAGCCACAUCUUCAGGGAAGUCAGUGGACUAUGGCUUCAUCAGCGCCAUCUUGUUCUUGGUCACUGGCAUCUUGCUGGUGAUCAUCUCCUAUAUUGUCCCACGGGAAGUGACUGUGGAUCCCAACACUGUGGCGGCCCGGGAGAUGGAACGUCUGGAGAAGGAGAGCGCCCGGCUGGGGGCGCACCUGGACCGGUGUGUGAUUGCCGGACUCUGCCUGCUUACUCUUGGGGGUGUCGUUCUGUCCUGUCUGCUCAUGAUGUCUAUGUGGAAAGGAGAGCUGUAUAGCCGCAGCAGGUUUGCCUCUUCCAAAGAGUCUGCAAAACUCUAUGGUUCUUUCAGCUUCAGGAUGAAAACCAGCACUCACGAAAACACCCUGGAACUGUCCUUGGUAGAGGAAGAUGCUCUGGCUGUUCAGAGUUAAUUCUGGUUGUGAACUUCCGGAGAGUCUGCCUUGGCAUUUUAUAUGAGAAAAUAAACCAACAAAAAACAAACCACAUUUCUUAAAAUGAACGGCGCAGUUUGUUUGCCUGGCAAGAAAAGGUUAUGCCCCAAACCAACAGCCCGAGAGUGUUUAGUUCUCCAUGUAUUAUUUCUUUAGAAGAAAGCCAUGUGAGCUGCAUUGGGAAACCACAGCCAGCUACACCUGAGGAGCUGAGACAGCUUCAUCUGUAAUGUCAUCAAUUUCUACGUCAGUAGCCAAGCAGCCCAAUGCACAAAUGAUUUCUUUGACAAGAUAUAGGAUACUGUUCUUUGGACACUAGGAGUUUCUACACAUACAUCAAUUAUAGUCACCUAUUUGGUGAAAAAGA